GGUCUCUUUACAUGCACACACGCAAAGAUAAAAAGGCGACGAUCAAAGCAACCAAAAGCUCCCCUCUCACUCUCCUCAUCCACUUUCCCCAAGGAAAUUAAAGUAGCGAACAAGAACAGAACAAACAACUCUAUUCGGAAAGAAAGCCACAAACAAAGGCAUCCUUCCACACCACAGCUUUUACAUUCCUAGCGAUGAGAGUUCCCUCAUCCCCACAACCCAACAACAACCAUUCCCCUACCUCAAACCUCGUCCUCCACACAAACAACAACCCUACUACAACCUUCACCUACGAACCCACCUCGGUCCUUGACCUCUGCCGGAGCCCGAGCCCCGAAAAAAAACUCACUGUUCCCAAGCCAGAACCACAACACAACAACAACAACAACAACCUAAACCUAGACCUGGAUGAUCAUGUCUUGCCUAAUUCGGAUUGGUGGGAGUCCAUCAUGAAGGACUUAGCCCUACCCGAAGACUCUCCCACACCCCUUUUGAAGACCAACAUCAAUCCAUCAUGCAUCCCUGAUUUCCCACCUUCUUCUCAAGACCCACCCUUUGAUCACCCCCAAGAUUUCACCUCUCUCUCAGAAAUCUACAACCAAAACCUACCCUACAAUUACCCCACCAACACUUUAGAACAUUCCUUUUACGACCUAAGCCAUAACCACCACCACAACAACAACAACAACGUUAACAACAACAAUUGGGACUUCAUCGAAGAGCUUAUCCGUGCCGCCGAUUGCUUCGACAGCAGCCACUUCCAGCUGGCUCAAGCCAUACUGGAGCGGCUCAACAACCGGCUCCUUCGCUCUCCCAUGGGCAAGCCGCUCCACCGAGCCGCGUUUCACUUCAAAGACGCGCUCCAGUCCAUUCUCGCCGGUUCGAACCGGACCAGUUCGAACCGCCUCUCCUCCAUGGCUGAGAUUGUUCAGACAAUUAAAACGUACAAAGCCUUUUCGGGAAUUUCACCGAUCCCAAUGUUCUCCGUUUUCACAACCAACCAAGCCCUACUUGAAACCUUAAAUGGAUCUUCAUUUGUCCACGUCAUCGAUUUCGAGAUCGGCCUAGGGAUCCAGUACGCUUCUCUCAUGAAAGAGAUUGCCGAGAAGGCCGGCGCCGGAGCCUCGCCGCUCCUCCGCAUCACCGCCGUCGUGCCGGAGGAGUACGCCGUCGAGAGCCGCCUCGUCCGCGAGAAUCUCAACCAGUUCGCGCAGGAUCUAGGGAUCAGCGCGCAGGUGGACUUCGUGCCGCUUCGGACCUUCGAGACGGUGUCGUUCAAGGCCGUGAGGUUCGUCGACGGCGAGAAGAUCGCCGUGUUGCUGUCACCGGCGAUUUUCAGCCGCCUCGGAAGCAACGGAGGCAGCGUCGGCGCGUUCCUCGCCGACGUGAGGAGGGUGUCGCCCGGAGUGGUGGUUUUCGUCGAUGGCGAGGGGUGGACGGAGGCGGCGGCGGCGGCGUCGUUCCGACGCGGGGUGGUGAGCAGUCUAGAGUUUUAUUCCAUGAUGCUGGAGUCGCUGGACGCGUCGGUGGCGGCGGGGGGAGGCGGCGAGUGGGUGAGGAGGAUCGAGAUGAUGCUGCUGCGGCCAAAGAUCUUCGCCGCGGUGGAAGGCGCCCGGCGGAGGACGCCGCCGUGGAGGGAGGCGUUUUACGACGCCGCAAUGAGGCCGGUGCAGUUGAGCCAGUUCGCGGAUUAUCAGGCCGAGUGUUUGCUUGCGAAGGUGCAAAUCAGAGGCUUCCACGUGGACAAACGACAUGCUGAGUUGGUGCUCUGCUGGCACGAACGAGUCAUGGUUGCCACGUCAGCAUGGCGGUGUUAGCAUACAGAAAAGAACAAAAGCCAAGAGAAGUAAUUUCCUCUAAUGACACCAUAACCUGCUUAUGUGAACUUUAUUAUAUCUCAGUUCACUUUGACAAAGAAUGUAGUUUAGCUUUAAUUUAGUUAUUAUUAUGGAAAAUUACAAAAAGAAAAAAACUGGAAAGUACAUGAAAACUUGUAUUUCUUCCAGAGUUUUUUUGUUUUAUCAUGUAAUGUGGAUAUAUAAAUUGUGGGGGUGUCUGUAUUUAAUUUGUUUGAGAAGAGCUGAGUUACCAUGUAAUGCUGGAUAUAUACAUCUGGCUUUUCAAUCAAAACUAAAGUAUUUGAGAAAUGAAUAGUUCUAUCUUUAUGGCUUA